AAAAUUAGAGAAAACAGUGGUGUGACAAUAUUAUUGUUCUGCAGUGUCUGCAACACAUCCCACUGUGUUUGGGAUGCAGAGUAGGGAAAGACCUUGGUCAAUACAUAUGAGAGACAAGCAUAAUGGAAAAACAAUGCCACUUAGUGUGCCUUCUGGAGCUAGAACACUGCACACUUAAAAGGAAAUGUUAGUGGGGCUGUUACGGGUUGUGAAGGGGUUAAUAAAAACUCAAUAGCCCAGGCUGUUGCAGGCCCAGGCCCUUCUAUUCCAUUUUGGCCUUGAAGGGCUCAAUAAAAGUUUGGAACUCUUCCAAUGCUAACAUAUUAUUCUCCAAUGUCUCGAACACAUCCCACUGCUUUUGGGAUCCAGUUGGAUUUUACCAAGACCCACUGCAAGUUGCAACACCCAGCAUCCCAGCCAGCUUCAAGUAGGGAUGAUGAUGAUGGGAGAUCUGGUGAGGAGCUGCUGAAGAGCCUCCCCCUGCUCACCUCUGGACCAAGGACGGUUCAAGGCAGCAGAGCAAGGAACUCAGCCGGAGAAAUCGAGAUUCACGAAUCCAGAGUGUAGAUUAGUAAAGCGCCUCUUGCAGAGCAAGGGAGGAAAAGUUCAAUCGAAGGGUUAACCUGAGAGAGAGAGAGAGAGAGAGAGUCUAGUUUCCUAGAGUGGUGCCUUGGAAGUACCUCUCCGAAUCGGCGCCCUCACUUCCGCCCCCCCCCCGAAAAAGAGCCUUUGCUUCUCUUCUUCCUCUCUACAGCUUGUCUGUGUGGCAGCUGCUCCUUUGCAAGGCCAGCAGGAUUUUGUGUGGCUUCCAAUGCAGCGACUCACAGCAGAAAUGGCAGGUGAUUUCUCUGAGGCAGAGAAAUGUCCAUUGGACACAAGAGGGAGGCCACUCUUUGGGGAGAUCAAACAGGAGCAUGAUCAAGGUGCCACCUCACUGGGCAGCAAAAAGACCCUGGUGUCUCAUUCCAUGCCUUCUCCUCUCUUUGAUGGAGGGGAUGCAGUUGCUGCUCCAUCAUUGGAUCAGGGUCCAAUGGCCUCCUUUUUUCAAGGUCUGGUGACCUUUGAGGAGGUGGCUGUGCAUUUCACAGAAGAUGAGUGGGCUCUGCUGGAUCCAGAGCAAAGAGCCCUGCACAGGGAAGUCAUGGAGGAGACUUCUGGGCAUCUGGCUUUUCUGGGACUUCUGGUUUCCAAUCCUGACCUCACCUUCUGGCUGGAAAAAGAGGAAGGACGGUUUGCUGAGAGCUCUGAGGAAGAGGAGAGAUCAACAGGUGAUGAGCGGGAGAGUAAGAAAAAGGGUGAAAUGUGGAGGAGAAAAGCUGAAGCAAAACAUAAGUUUGGAAACAUAACAAAACAUAAGUCCCUGUCUUCAGAAGGGACUGACUUGCCUGAAAUUCUGCUCCGACAAGAACAUCACAAAGGAGACCAAAGGAAUGCAGUUCCUCCACAUGCAGAAAUCUCAACUGGUGAGCCAAGCUUUAGCACACAUCAGACAAGGCACACAGGGAAAACACAAUUUAAAUGCUCAGAGUGUGGAAAGACCUUCAAUAACAGAAAAGGCUUGAUUUGCCAUGAACGAAUCCAUACAGGGGAGAAACCAUAUCCAUGCUCAGUAUGCGGAAAGACCUUCAGACGGAGCGCAAACCGUAAUGUACAUCAGAGUAUUCACAGAGGAGAGAGACCAUAUCAAUGCUCAGUGUGUGGGAAAAGCUUCAAGAACACUGCAUAUCUUAAUUCUCAUCAAAGAAUCCACUCAGAGGAAAAACCUUAUAAAUGCUCACAGUGUGAAAAGAGCUUCAGCCAGCGUUCAAGCCUUACUUCCCAUCAAAGAAUCCACACAGGAGAGAAACCAUAUUCAUGCUCAGUGUGUGCAAAGACCUUUAGGCAGCUUGCAGCCCUUACUUUCCACCAACGAAUCCACACCGGAGAGAAACCUUAUCAGUGCUCAGUGUGUGGAAAAAGCUUCAGUGUCAGUGCAAACCUUAAUGUACAUCUAACAAUUCACAGAGGUGAGAGACCAUAUCCAUGCUCAGUGUGUGGAAAGAGCUUCAAGAACACUGCAUACCUUAAUUCCCAUCUAAGAACCCACUCAGAGGAGAAACCUUAUAAAUGCUCACAGUGUGGAAAGCGCUUCAGGUCAGGCUCAGACCUCACUUCCCAUCAAAGAACUCACACAGGGGAGAAACCAUAUCAAUGCCCAGUGUGUAGCAAGAGCUUCAACUGCAGCGAAAGCCUGAUUUGCCAUCAUAGAAGUCACACUGGAGAAAAACCAUAUCAGUGCUCAGUGUGUGAAAAAAGCUUCAGGCAGAGCUCACAGCUUUCUAUCCAUCAAAGAAUCCACACAGGAGAGAAACCAUAUCAGUGCUCAGUGUGUGGAAAGAGUUUCAACAGCAGCACAGCCCGUAUUUGCCAUUAUAGAAGCCACACUGGAGAAAAACCGUAUCAGUGCUCAGUGUGUGGAAAGAGUUUCAAGAGCACCACAGAGCUUAAUGCUCAUCAAAGGACCCACUCAGAUGAGAGGCCAUAUAAAUGCUCACAGUGUGGAAAGAGUUUCAAGAAGAGCUCAUGCCUUACUUCACAUUACAGAAUCCACACAGGAGAGAAACCGUAUGAAUGCUCAGUGUGUGGAAAGAGCUUUGUGAGUAGCUCAAACCUUUAUGUACAUCAAAGAAGCCACACAGGGGAGAAACCAUAUAAAUGCUCAGAAUGUGGAAAGAGCUUCACUACUAGCAGCAACCUUACUAAACAUCGAAGCCUUCACACAGGGUAGAAAGCAUGUAACUGCUCAGGAUGCAGAAGGAGCUUGGUGUGGAGUACAGAAUUCCAUAUCCAAUUAUUAACAUAUUACCUUGGCCUAAUUUUUGGCUAUGCAAGCCUGUGGACGCUUGUACUGAAUAGGGACCAGGAUCUAAACCAAAUGAAGAGAAAUAAACGGGGAAAUCUAACAUUUUGCUGUGUACUAUGAAAACUCUAGCAGAGAGCCAUACUCAUGCUAACUCUCCUUAAGGAAAGGCCCUUCGAGAGGCACAGCUUGGUACCAUAUAGCCAAGGAGUGCUUGAAGAUUAGGCAACUAAUAUAUUGUGGAGUCACAGGUCUUGGUAUGUAUGUGAGUUAAAGGCUCAUUCCACCUGUGCCUUGUCAAGUUGGUAUCUGGUAACUUAUCAAGUGGUGAAGAAGAAUUACAAGAUUGUAGCAGUUAAUUGGGUGGGGGUGGGGGUUAAACAUUAAUAAGCCCUGUCAAAAAUGGGGUAUUGGAUUUUUGAUGGAUCCAGAUUGCCAUGAUGAAAACAGAAUAUUAGAUUUCUAAUAUCUAUGGAAAUGGAGAACCCAAACAGCCAAUGAGAAUCUUGGGUGUAACAAGGGUCUAAGAAGGAGGAGAGGAGUAUUCAAACAUAAAGCCAGCAAGAAAGCAGCAGAUUUUCUUCCCUUUGUUUUCUUAUGUGUUCCUUUUUCUUCUAGGACAUUUCUCUUUUGUUUCUCCCCUCUUGGCUCAAUUGGCCAAGACACCUUUGCUCUUAGAAAUUCUUUCCUCUCUCUUCCCUCCUCUCCUUCACAACAGUCAUUCUUAUUAAGUCUCAAACAUUCUAUCUGUAGUAUUCUAUCUUUAAACAUAUAUGCUUAAUCUACCAACUAUACUCUAAGUAGCUUGCUCUUUGCUUCGUUGUUUUCCUGAAUCCUUUUGAAGAAGCCUGAAAACACCCCAAGCUGCCAGAAGGGGAACCUUUUGCCACACUUACAAUAUUGGAUCCCUUAAGUCUUUGAAUAAAACUUAAACUUUACUUGGUAUGGUCACUGAGUUAGGGUUUGAUCAUGUGACAAAUCCAUUAAAUUUGUCACAUGAUCAUUAAAGGCAUUAAAGGAACAGAUUUUUCAGUGGUGCCGUGUCUUGGAUUUCGUGUCUUGGAUUUCUGUGAUCAAACGCCAAGACUCAGGACAUCUUUUCCCCUCUAAAGUUUGCCUUUCCAUCCAUUCUGUUUUGCCAACUGAUGUUCUUUCUCCCAUGUUCUGUUCUGCCUCUCUCUUUUUUUCUUUGUCUCCCUCCCUCCCUCAUAUGCAUAAGCACUCACUAGCUUUAGACUGGUAGAGCUAGUUGAGAGAAGGCACUGAGAAGAGUUAGGAAAUGGCUAAAACCGUCUUUCCAGUGGCAUGUGUAACUUGGGUGCAUCUGGCUGAACCCCACAUUUUGCAAGAAAGGUUUGAGAAUAAAACUUAGGUAAAAUAUUGGAAGCAGCCAUUUAAGCUGUAGAGAAUGGGGUGGCAAUGAUUUGCCAGAUGCCUCGGAGAAUAGGAUUCCUCUUGAUAAUGAUGAAAGGGCUCCAAGCAUUUACUCACUGUGUUGUCAUGAGGGCAUCCCCUUGCUUUGAGACGACAGGACUGGUCGCAAUGCCUGGCCCACGGGAGUCAUCGCCAGAGGCAUCCCCAGCAAUGACGGCAAAACACACGAGAUUGAGGUGAAGACAAGCACUCAAGGAGCAGCAAGAACCUUCACAAAACCAACGACUGGAGCAGUAUUGCUUCUGUCCAAAGAAGAAAACCUGCUGUAAUGUAGUUAGCUGCAGGACAGCAGCUAGAUUAUUAGGACUUUAUAUUCAGUCUAGAAAUCUAGUGAAAUUUAGCAAUUCCAGGGUGUUGCCAAGAGGGCAUCAUGCUUAGAUUGCAUGCAUAGUAGAGAAUCAUGUUAUUGUUGAAUUAGCCUCCCUAGCAGUUAUCUUUAGAGGAAUCUCUUAGAAUGAGUCAAUGAGGUGAGACUCUUGAUCAGUGAGACUCGCCAUAAUGAGGCUUGCGGGGAGAGUAGGCUUAGCCCGCUCUCCCCGCAAACGAUCGGGGUAGCAGCCCUGGGUGGCCGUAUCGGCUGCCCACACGACUGCCGGCUCCGUCAGAGCCGGCAGGGGCUGUGGGGAUUGGGGGCUGCACGGCCCCAGAAGUUCCAGGAUGACCCGCAUGAGCGCGCAGGGCAGCCUGGAGAGACCCCCAGGUUCGGAAGGCUUGCUUCAGCCUUCCAGCAGGGGUCUGCUAGUGUGUUGUCAUGGCGCGGAGCUGCCCCGUGGCAAUACACGAUUACAAAGACGGGGUUAGCAGAGCGCUCGCUCCACUAACCUCAGCUAAGGGGAAGGGGAAUUAGGAGGGUUUGCUGCCAGGAGCCAUGUGGCUCACGUGGCAGCAGACGAUCAGCAAAAAGCAGGCUAGGCUCCCUUAACUCGCUUUUUGCUGAUCGUGAGAAUCUCCUCCUAGAUCAAUCAAGUGACCUGUGCACUGUUCCCUCUAACAGGGAUUCCCAGCUGUUGUUCACUACAACUCCCAGCAUCUUCAGCUGCAGUGGCCUUUGGCUGGGGAUUUUGGGAGCUGUAGUCAACAACAUCUGGGAAUCCCUGUUAGAGGGAACGUUGAACUUGUGUGUGUAAGCUGAAAUCAACUCAUGAAGCCUGAUCAAAAUCAAACUCAGAAUCAGGGUACCAGAGAUUGGUUUGCAGAGGCAUCUCAGCAAGAAGCCUUGCCUGCUUGUUUAGAUUAAUUCUUGUUGCUUACCAUGAAGGCUUAUUCAGUCCUUACUGGGAAAGUCACUAGUAAAACCACCAUCCCUUCACCUAAUGGAUCACUAGCCAGCAUGCUCUGUGGUAGCAAGCAUGACUUGUCCCCCUAGCUAAACAGGGUCUGCCCUGGUUGCAUUUGAAUGGGAGAGCACCUGUGAGCACUCUUAAGAUAUUCCCCUCAGGGGAUGGAGCCGCUUUGGGAAGAGCAGGAGGUUUCAAGUUCUCUGGUUUCUCCAAGAUACUGCUGAGAGAGAUUCCUGCUUGCAACCUUGGAGAAGCCGCUGCCCGUCUGUGUAGACAAUUCUGAGCUAGAUAGACCAAUGGUCCAACUCGGUAUACAGUAGCUUCCUAUGUUCUCCAACUGCAGUAAUGUAUCUCCUAUGAUGUCAUCCCCAUUUGAACCAUCAACUGUAUGCAAUCUGCCUCCAUACAAGUGAGUUAUUUGCAUGCUUGGAAAGUAAUAAAUUGACUAAAAACCA